GUGGGGCAGUCAGAAAGUGCUUUAGCCUACUGGUUGUUGCUUUAAUUUAAAGUCCAGUUUCCUCCACGUUAUUAUUUGGGGUGCAGACACUGGCAGCCCAGUAUCUCUGGCUGGACAUUCAGUUCCUCACAUACUUUGUUUUUUUAACCACAACACACUGCUGUAAACAUGGUACUUUUGUCAUAUCAUAUACAUGGACGUUUUUCAUUUGUUGGAUUAGUAUCAGUAUUAAAGGGGUAUUUUUCAACCUGGACCCUAUUUUACCAUGUUUUAUGUGCGACUAGUAGAGACAACAAGUUUUGAAACUGGUCCAGUGUUGAGUGAGAGCGCUGCAAUGAAAUCCCUACAGGCAAUUGUGUUUAAGUCCACUUAAAGUGUUUGUUUUUGCCAUUGACAGGCUAAAGCUGUUACUAAAAGUGUCUGACAACAUUAUGGAAAUGAUCCCUACAAAUGUUUUUUCAUGUGUUGCUGGUCUGUCUGUUAUUUUGGCGAAGUCUCGUUCUGAAAUCUCGUGAGAAGUGACUUGAAUGGUGGAAAUGUUAAUGAGAGGUGGAGUGAGGAGUCUCAGGAAGAGUUUGUUGUGUUAGAAUACAGACAGUGUAGCCUAGUGUUACCUAAAACAUGGGUCUUGAAUGUUUUUCUGGCCAAGUACCCCGAACAGCAGGGACCCUCUACUGCAUAGUCAUCUAGGUCAUGGAAAUGUUAAGCGCUAAAUCGUAAUGCAGAGUUUCUUGAAGACGUUUCACCUCUCAGUUCUACGUGACUGGUGCAGAGUCGCAGUCUUUAAACUCCAUGUGUGCUACCCUCACAGAGUCGUUAAGGUCACAUGUGAGUCGUUGACCCACCUGUCCAUCGUGUGUGUCGUUAGGGUUAACGACUGUGAAACUCAGAGCUCACAUGUAUCCUCAACGACUCUGUAAGAGGUAACAUCCACAUGGAGUUGAAAGCCUGUGACUCCGCACCAGUCCGAACUGAAGAAGCCUCUUGGAUGAGAGGCGACACGUCUUCAACAAACUCAAGGAAAUCAUACCUUUAGGCCUAUUGAGACCGAACGACACAGAGAGACAGGCAUCUAUGGCAUCUGUGGCCUGACGAGAGGACAGGCAUGUAAACGCACCGCAAAUUGUUGAGCCAUUUCCUACACUGGAUUCGUAACUAAAGGAACAAGCGGAGUAGUGAAGCAGAGAAGACUGAGAACUGAUCAACUGGAACAUGACGCCUCCCAAACCCCCCAGGACGAAGUACUCCACCCAGUCUGCCAUCACCAGCUCCUAUGAAGUCGUGCAGCCAACCUACGAAGGCCUGGAUGCACCAACGCCUGCCGUCACAGUUGAAAAGCAGACAGAUGUUCAAGUCAAGCCUGUACCUCGUCCGCGAUCUAAAACACUACUAACGUCCCAGUUAACCAACAAUAGCAUCACUGACGACUCUGCAGACACAACCAGCAAUACAACCGAUGCAGUGAGUCCCCAGCCCAAUGGAUAUCCUGAAGACCACAAGACGCCUCGCCCUGUCCGUCCUCCUCCCAGACCACCACUGAGCAAAUGUAUGACCCUCAGUAAACCCACAGCAGCAGUCGACGGAGGCAAUCACUACAUAACUUCAAUUCCUGAGCCAACUCCUCCAGCUGUCAGUGCUGAGAAGAUACAGCCUGCUCCUGGAUGGCGGCCUGAACGCCCCCCUCUGCCCUCCGUCUAUUACGAUUCACCACGUUGUACAAUGAAGUUAAAACCUGAGAGCGACACUGAUGAGAGUCAGCCAUCCAAAUGUUCCUACGUCAGCUCUACGCAGCAACCCCCAGUCUCAGCAGAUGUCUCUGAAGAAGAGGGGAACCUCUUCGGGAUUUACAGAGCAAUGCCCGCAGACAGACCUGUAGUUCCACCCCGACUCUGUCAGUCCACCCUCCCCUACUCGCCUCCUGAGGGGAGACCACCACGUCCACCUUCAUUCACCCCACCGGCCCCACCUUCAACAGGGACACUAUCAGAGGCAUUGUACAGUGAGAUAGAGCACCGUCCCUACCUAGACGUUCUGCCAGAGGACGGAGAUCAGAUGACACUAGGGACUCCAACACUCCGCUACCAGACUGGCUGUUACUCUUCUCGCCAACAGACCAUGGAGGACUCAGAGGACAUCAUCGGGAUGUUGAGAUGGUUGAAAAAAGUGUCAAGACCUGAUUACAUGACUCCACCUGUAUAUGGCCUCAGUAUAGACGAGGAAAUCAGGUCAUUUAAUCAGAGAGCCAUAACUGUGAAAAAGGCCCUGCGUCUCUACAACCGCCUCAUGAUGAAACACAGCGAAAGCCUGCGAAACAUCAUCACAGAGUUCAACUGCAUUGCCAACAACCUGGACAAGUUAAAGAAGAAGACCAAAACCAUGGACAUUGCUGGCGGCACGACAGGAGCUGUUGGAGGGAUGACUGCAGUUUUGGGUAUCGCCUUGGCUCCUGUGACCUUUGGUACCUCGCUGAUCGCUACAGCUGUUGGCGCUGGUAUGGUGGCGUCCGCUGGGGGCAUCGGCGCCCACACUGCAAAGGCCAAAAAGAACAUGGUGAACAGGAUGGCAGUUGAGAAACUCGUAUACGACUAUAAAGGUUGUAUUGUUGACCCGGAGCACUGUCUGGAUUUUAUCCUGUCUGGGAUGAAUGAGCUGCGGCGGCACGACAUUGCCAGGAUACAGAGGGCGGGGGCGCAGCCGGAUGCAGUGAAGAUGGCACAUCUGUCGCAGUCUGUGUUUAGAACAACCAUGAGCAAUGAUAGGCGGACUCCUGUUGCACAUGGAGCUGGGAUGGCAUCUGAGAGACUGCUCAUGGCUUUUAUCAAGGAAAUGGAUCAGUAUUUUUCAGAGAAGGAUGACCAGCACCUGAAGAAGUCGAAUAAAAGCAGGUUUUCUGGUAGAAUUCGCUUGCUGGCGAAAAAUCUGCAGGAUGAGCUGGAUCACCUCAGUCAUAUGUGGGAACUGUUCGGUUGAUUAGAAGAACUUUUGGUGGUUUGAGUGUGUUUGUAUGUGACUGUGUGUCUGUGUGUGUGAAUGAGAGAAAGAACUAUGUUUAACAAUGUCUUAACUGAAGAUCAAAUACUUUAUUCACCUCUUAUAUUUUAAUAAACAUUUUAUAUUUGUAAAA